UUUCGACGACAGUUCAAAAUGGCGACGUAAAUGCUUAUGAUAACAUCAUAUAAGCUCUGAAAGACUUUCUCGCAAAAAUAUGCUUCCUCAUAAAUAUUUGAAAAAAUUGCAAUAAAUUAUGUUUAGAGACGACUUGGUUUUGUUAUGAGCUCUUACUUAAGUUCUCAAUGUCAAAUUUACGAAGCAUUUGAGCCGCGACAGUCGCUAUGGGAACAAGUGAAGAAAAUAUUACCUCAGGAAAAAUUACAAGAGGUCGAAGAGAUUUUAGGAGAAGAUGUCGUAGAUGAAGUUGCGGAUUUAAACAAAGAGGCUAUUGCAUUAUUAGAAAUAUGGCAAAACUACAGUGAUGAAAAUGACAAACACAUUAAAGAAUUAGCGUUAAAAUCUCAUCGUCAACGUCUACCCGAGCCACCAGAUAUUCGAGAAAAUUUGAUAAAAGAAAUUCAACUGUUUGUGUCCGUACUGAAGCAACGUUCUAUUCAAAAUGAAAGUCAUGAUAACCUGUCACUAUCAAAGAGUGAAAGAUCUAUCGUAGAUUAUGCGUUCAAAAAAUCAAGCAAUGCAAAAUUGCAACAAAGACCAGCUUCAGCAAUAAGUAUUGAGAAUGGACGUUCAACUCCACUAAGAUCAUUUUCAUUACCUAGAAAAAAGAGAGAUGUUGUGAAAUUAUUGCAAGAAGAUCAAGUCAACUUUAAUGAUGUUGACCAGUUAGCUGAAAGUUUAAGACACGUUUUUCGCGAGGAAAAGAUUCUCUUGCUUGAGGAUAUUGAAUUUCUUCAAAAUUCUUUGUUUGAAGAAUCAGAAUAUGUUGACAAUACGAGUGAUAACUGCGAAGAUCAGCCAAGUUUGCAAGAAUUAAAAGAUCUUGCAAUAAAACUUGAAAAAGAAAUGGCAAUGAAAGGAAAUAACACAGUUCACAGCGUCUUUACCGACUCUUCACCAACUAGGCCUGCACCUAAACCAAGACAUAUUGUACGCAGAUGUUCUUCAAAAUAUUCUACUGAUAAAAUGAAGCAAAAUGAUCAAAUCUCUAGCAAUAGUUUCUCCUCUAUACAAACUGUUAAAUUGAAGCAAACUGGAUCUAACAAGCAUUCUACUCCGUCGUCAGCACGCUCGCGUGACUCAGGUGUAUCGUCCUCAUCUGAUACGACAAUCAUGUUGCUAGAAUCCGGAUCCGAUUCCUUGGAAUCGUUAUCAUCCGAUUUGGAUAAAAAAUCCGGUUUACACUCGCUAUCUCCAUCGCCACCAACGUCAGCCUCUUUAAGAAAACCUACAUCGGUUUCCCGAUUUAGGAAAAUACUUUAUGACAAUAAAUUAGGUGAAUGUUCGCGAACUUAAAGGGAAUUUGUACAACCGUCGUUUAGCUGUGGUUUCAUGACGGUUGCGUAAAUUUUAGCGGUAGUUUCAUGACGGUUGCGUAAAUUUUAGCGGUAGUUUCACGACGGCUGAGUAAGUGAUGUAACUUUGUUUUGCAGAGUAAUCACCUGUUGUUAGUCGAGGCUGUCGAGUCACUGGAAAUGGCUACAAUUUCAUUAUUUUUAUUGUUGUUUCUUUGCUAGUUCGUUUGUUAAUCCCUUUUGAAAAUUAGAAUAUAUUAUUGUAACGUUGGACGCUUAAAAGUCGGCUAAUGAAAGUUUGAAAUGCA